AUAGAUAAGUUUUUUGUAUUAACCAUGGCAAUAAUGAUAUUUUGUUAAAUGCGGAAUUCCGUUUGAGAAUUUAAUUUUGUAAAUUGUUUAGCAAAAAAGUUAAAAAUUACUAUUACUUUGGUGUACAUCUAUUACAUAAUUCAAUUCGUCUCAGAACCCAUAAAAGUUAGUCGGUUGAAAUGUCAAAUAGUGACAGUCAUGUUGAUUCUGACAGCGAAGAGUUUGACUGUGAUAGUCGUAGGAUACCACUGGAACAUUUACCCAUGUUUCAGCGUUUGGCAUCAGUUAAUGGCAAAAUAAAUCGCAUGAAAAAACGUCAAUUGUUAGAUACAAUGAGAAAUAAAAUGCUCAAUACUGAUGGUGAAUUAGAUGUUUUGAAAAAACGUUUAAAAAACCACUAUAGAAUGCAAGCAUUGAUCAAAGCUAAAAUCUGUGAAUCUGAGGCAACUUAUUUUCCGUAUUUUGUUGUCAUUGAUAUUGAAGCAACAUGUACUGAAAAUAAUCCUGCUGAUUACAAGUUUGAAAUCAUAGAAUUUCCAGCUGUAUUGGUCGAUGCUAAAAAACGGAAAAUAAUAGAUCAUUUUCAAGCAUUUGUAAAACCAUCAAUCAAUCCAAAGUUAUCCGAGUUUUGCAUUAAAUUAACUGGUAUAACUCAAGAUCAAAUUGAUAAUGCUGAUUCAUUUGAAGUAUGUUUGACACGAUUUACUAAAUGGUUAGAAGAACAUGAACUUGGAAUUAAACACAAAUUUUCUAUUGUCACUGAUGGCCCAUUUGAUAUGGCUCGGUUUCUUUAUGGACAAUGUUUGAUGUCGGAAAUUCCAUAUCCAAAAUUUGCUACUAAAUGGAUUAAUAUAAGAAAAGUAUUUAAAGCGUUUUAUUUUACAAAACAAGUUAAGUAUUCAGUUCCUUGCAAUCUGAAUGCAAUGUUAACCUUUUUGGAUAUGGAAUUUGAAGGCAACCCUCAUAGUGGCCUAGAUGAUUCAUUUAAUAUAUCCAGGAUAUGUAUAAGAUUACUCGAAGAUGGAGCUUUUAUAGAUCAAAAUGAACGAAUUAUUUCGCUUAAAACCCCAACACCUUAUGGAAAAGAUGAUCCAUUGCCAGUAAGACCUGUGCACAAUAUAUUUUGUGAUGGAAUGCAUAGUUAUAACCAUAGGUGGUUUGUUACACAAUUGAAGAGUUUAGAUUUAAAUGAUGGCAUUUAACAUUGGCUAAAUUUAUUAAAAACUGUUUCAACAUUCAAUUGUUAUGUUCCUUCCAUUGUAAAAUAUGAUUCUUUGUUAACAACAUUUUAAAUUAUCUUUUAAUUUAAAAAUUUUAGUUGUCUUUAAUAUGACUUCAAGUCAAUUUAAUUGUGAUCAUUGUAAUAAUUAUAAUUUUAACAUAAAAUAAAAUAAUAUCUUUUUAGUUAUUAUA